CGAUCUGAUUAGCAAAGUUUCAAACAACACACGUAAAAGUGCAUUUUAGUCAUAUUUUACACGUCAUAAGCUUGAGGCCAAUUGAGCAUAGAAAAAAAGAGCAAGAACCGUUCUACGAAGAUAAUUAUUACAUAAAGUUCAACCGACGCUUUCACGCGUAAUUCGAUAAAAAGAAGAUUGCGUGUUGGUACUCAGAAACCGACGUUAGCUAGCGAUAAAAGAAUCCAACGUUUGUGGUAAACUAGACCUUGGCAAAGAAUAAUUGAGCUAGGUCAAGAAGUUUUCCACAUCGACGAUUUGAGAUUCCAAGAGGUUCGAUUAUUACCGACGCGCGCCGCAGUUGCGGCAAAUGCAGCAAGAAUACUGUGCGCGGGAAAUCACACACACGUAGGAAAACAGAUAGGCGGUACUGUGGACAUAGUAGGAAGGGUGGCAGUGGUAGUGGAUUCGAGCUCGCACCUAGCUGAGAAGUAUACUGUAUCGGCUACGCGGCAUUUGGACUUCAGCUGUUCCCUUGCGCAGUCUGGCAAGGGUAGUUGUUUAGUACAUUGAAGAAGGAAACCUGGCCGAGAGCCAAUCCUGGUUAUCAUAAAAACCUAUAUUUUCCACUCGCAUCAAGGUCGCACUGAAAAUAAGCUUAGCGGCGCUUUGCUUAUCUGUCAACGGUAAACGAUUUGGUGACGAAAAAAGACGAGGUAGGAGUGAUCAGACGCAAAAAAACCUUACCAGAGGAAACAUCGUUUUGCGACGGAGAGAAUCCUCAAAUAUCAAGUCAACGAAAAAAAGUAGAGAAAGACAGAAGAAAGUCGAUAGGACGUUCUGAGAAUUUGGCUGCAGGUAACAAGUGAGGUUCUAUCAACCACCCGGCGAAUCGGCACACUGAGCAACACCGGUGACAGAACACGAACAGUUUCGGAGGUGACUGCCAAAAUGUCCAAUUCCCGGAGACAGAUGAUGCUACCGUGGCCUCUGUGCGUAGGGCAAGAACGCAGGUUCUUCCCAAAAACGAAGAACCGGGCUGUUCUUCCCCAACAGUACUCAAGGGUGCCAUCAGUUGCAAGAUCACGGACGAGCAGUUCCGGGACAGAGUCCCAACUAGACUGCUCUUCGAAUACAACCCUCCUUACAAAUGCGAGCCCGUUCAACAGCCAGACGGCUUUGAUCACAGAGAAAAAAUUGUUAAAUCCCGGCAACAUCGUCGCCAAUACCAACAAUCAUUACUAUGUACAGAAUUUAAGGAACAACCAGAAGGCCCUUAACGGGUCGCGCUUGUACGAUCCUCUCGAAAGGGACCACGAUCAUAAUUACAAACAAGUGGAUCCGUUGCUAGUCGAAUCUUCCUACACGAAUAUCAAAACGAUCAAGGCAAGCAUGACACCCCAAGACAGCAAACCGUUCAAGGAUGAGACCACCGAUAGACGACCAGAAUAUGAAUUUCAGGAAGCGAAGUCGUCGUCCGUGCCGUAUCUCACACAGGUGGUCGCUGCCCUAUCGUUGUCACUGGGCUCUCUGGUGGUCGGUUACUCGACAGCCUACACCUCCCCAGCUUUGGUGUCGAUGCGAGCUGACAACAACACUUCAUUCGAAGUGAGCACAGAUAUGGGUAUGUGGAUAGGAUCGAUCAUGCCAUUGAGCGCUCUUGUUGGAGGUAUAAUUGGUGGUCCAUGUAUCGAGUACAUUGGGAGAAGGAACACUAUCCUUGGCACGGCUGUACCAUUCAUUGUAGCUUGGCUGUUCAUCGCUCUCGCAUCGGACAUCGCAAUGGUACUGAUCGGCCGCGCUCUUUGCGGUUUGUGCGUUGGUAUCGCUUCGUUAUCUUUGCCAGUAUACCUCGGUGAAACGAUUCAAGCCGAGGUACGAGGCACUCUCGGCCUCUUACCAACAGUGUUUGGUAACACAGGAAUUCUAGUCUGCUUCAUCGCUGGGAUGUACUUAAACUGGAGAAGUCUCGCAUUGCUCGGUGCUAGUUUACCCAUACCAUUCUUGGUUUUGAUGUUCAUCAUCCCCGAGACUCCAAGGUGGUACAUCUCUAAGGGAAAAACGAAGAGAGCCCGUAAAGCAUUGCAAUGGCUUCGCGCCAAGGGUGCUGAUAUCAGCGAGGAAUUGACCGCCAUCGAGAAGAUGCAUAUAGAGAGCGAACAUACCGCAUCGCAGCAAGGCGCGAUCGAGCAACUGUUCAAAAAGCAUAACAUGAAGCCGCUUUUAAUAUCUCUAGGCCUGAUGUUCUUCCAACAAUUUUCGGGAAUCAACGCUGUCAUCUUUUAUACCGUCUCAAUUUUCAAAGACGCGGGUAGCAGUAUCAACGAGAAUUUGGCUACGAUCAUAGUGGGGAUAGUAAAUUUCUUGUCGACAUUCAUUGCGGCGGCCGUUAUCGAUAGACUCGGCAGGAAAAUGUUGCUAUACAUAAGCGGUGUCUCGAUGUUCCUGACGUUGUUCACUUUCGGCACAUUCUUCUAUGUAAAGAAUGCUAUUGGAGCAGAUGUGUCAUCAUUCGGUUGGAUACCACUGGCGAGUUUGAUCAUUUACGUGAUCGGGUUUUCCUUGGGUUUCGGGCCAAUUCCGUGGCUUAUGAUGGGCGAGAUCUUACCAGUUAAAAUCCGUGGUUCAGCCGCGAGUAUCGCAACCGCUUUUAAUUGGUCCUGCACAUUCAUUGUGACCAAAACUUACGAAGAUCUGACAUCUGUAAUCGGUGGGUACGGUGUAUUCUGGAUGUUCGGUACAAUCGUUAUGAUCGGUUUCAUUUUCGUGAUCGCCUGUGUGCCAGAGACAAGCGGGAGAUCACUAGAAGAGAUCGAGAAACGAUUUGCCGGACCCGUUAGGAGAAUGAGCGCGGUCGCCAACAUGAAGCCGACGCCGAUGGCCGUUUAAAUCGUUCCUCUUCUCUUACGCUCUCAAUAGCCAAUCAGUCUUUUUGAUCGACGAGCAAUUUGCGCCGAUAGUGUUUAGCUUCGUCUCGGAGCAAACGAGAUUCGUAUAGUUCCUUCCUUUUGUCGAUAUUGAACGAACAGGAAUAUGACUAAGAAUUGUCUUCCACAUCGAUUCUUCUCCUUCUUCCUUCUAACUUGAGUUCUGUUGUUUCUUCUCUCCAAGUUUAUGCCUUCGAAUAGGCGAAUAUUUGUCCACCUUGUUAUUAGCAGUCCAUGCUCCGUUUAAUGGAGCAAGAAUUUAUUUCAGAAGGAGAAGGGAGAGCGAGGAUUUCGAUUUGUUGUAUUUAUUUCACACGCUUACAGUUUGUCGAUUCUAUUACGAUUUAUAAAUCGAGAAUCUCUAGGAAGGGAAACGAUCUGUCGAACAAGAUGCGGGUUGAACAUCCGGUAAAAUGUUAUAUAAUUCUAUUAUUAUAGUCUUUACAGGGUCUACCUCAAAAAUACUUUUCCUAAAAGUAUACGAGUAAGUUAAACGAAGAGCGAGAAUUAUUUAAUUAAUGUGCAAUGUGUGUACAGAUUUGAAGAUACUUACGAAAGGAUCGCCUCAAGUGGCCUAAACGAAUACAAUUGAGAGGAAGAAAAAAGAGAGUGACAAUGAGUGAGUGAGUGAGUGAAUGAGUAAGUCAAUAAAUGAGUCAGUAAAUGAGAAGAAGAAAAGGGGAACGAAACUGAUCUAUACACGGUGAUCGAACGAAGCUGUCAAUUUCGUUCUCUGCUAACCGCUACAAUAAAAAUUCCAUACCGACGAGCAAGCUAUUGUUUUGUGUGUAUAUUUAUCGUGAUCGUCGUCGACGAAUUGUACAUAUGUAUCUAGUUACCGAUUUGCGUCACCGGGGCAAUUGCAUCAGCUAUCAACGAAUUAAGUCGUAGGUUAUAGUUAAGAAAUAGGGAUAAAAAUAAUCCGAGUAUAUUUUUCCAUUGUCAAAGUCGGUAUAAUUGAAGUUUAGAUAAAAUAGGAACCCAAUGAACAAAGCGACACAAAACAUAAUGCACAAUCGCGUGCGCUGUCUCUCGCGUACUCCACAUAUGAAAUUUAAAUGUUUUAUAUUUAUUACAUAUAAGUCUACGUAUACGUUUUUCGUGAACUGUUUCUAUUAUUAUAUAUUGUAACGUGAUAGAGGCACACGCUCUUAGUAUACUUUUUAAUUAUUUAUCCUGGUAAUCAACUGAAUUUGAAUCACAAGCGUUCACUCCUCAACGUUGAUCGUUGAAUCAAAAUUCGUACAAUCUUCUAAAUCUAUUCGUAAUUUCUUCUUGUAAUAUUCUUUUUUUAAAUUGUCUUACGUGGUAACAUUAUUCCGAAUUUUACGAUCAGUAGUAGGAAAAUGUAUACCGUACUCUGGUUUCAUGCACGCCGAUACCGAGUUCAAACAUUACUCUUUUACAUGCACACUCUUUUGUCUACCAUACAGGAGAAUUGUAUAAUGCAAUUUCAUCUUUAUUACUUACUGCUGGCUUAUAUUUAUUUGACGAAAUUUGUAUUGCGUAUCAUACUUACAGGCCUAGGGUACUUGUCGAAUUCCGAGACACUGUUCAAUGAAAACGUCUUAAAAACUUUUAUUUUGCUACUCGCGUUCAGUUUACAUAUACAUUUGUUAAGUUAUUGAAAUAUAUUGUUUUACAACGAAA